CUCAUAAUUCCAACUAGAACUCCAGGAGGAAGAGGAGAUGGUUGGAGAUUCAUCUGAAACAGAUGGCAGUGGCGACAACACAAAAGGAGCGAAGGGGCAAAAAGGCGAUCAAGCUGUGAUGGAACCUGGAAUGUUCAUUCCUGGUCCUCCUGGACCAAUGGGACCUAAGGGAGAUCCUGGACCUCCUGGGUAUCAAGGAGCACCUGGUGUACCUGGUGAACAUGGUGAAAGGGGAGAGCCUGGUAGAGAUGGUAUUCCAGGACAGAAAGGACUUCCUGGGCCUGCAGGACAACAAAUUAUGAUCCCGUUUCGUAUGCCUACAUCUGGAUCGGAAAAAGGGCCAGGAGGGCUUGCGGCUUCAGAGCUACAAGCACAAAUGAUGAUAUCCCAAGCCAGAAUUGCACUUCGAGGUCUUCAAGGGCCCAUUGGUUUGCCUGGAGCGUCAGGCCCUGUUGGUGUACCGGGUCUGCAAGGUAUCAAGGGUGAACCAGGAGAUCCUGGCCCGAUGGGUAUUAGAGGUUCAAGAGGACCACCUGGACAACCUGGAAAAGAGGGAAAAUCUGGUCGAACAGGUGCACCAGGAACCAGAGGAAUAUCAGGGCCUCCUGGCAACAAGGGUGAAAGAGGUUACAAUGGAAUGCCAGGAGUUCCAGGCCACAAGGGAUAUAGGGGAUUGCCGGGUGAAAGAGGACCCAAAGGACUUCAAGGGCCUGGAGGUUCCAACGGAAAACCAGGAGAAGCAGGACCCAGGGGAUUGCCAGGCCAGCAAGGACCACGUGGGCUAAUUGGACAUAAAGGUUCACCUGGAACUAGAGGACCGAUGGGUCCCAGGGGUGUUGAUGGUCCGGCAGGUAUAAAGGGAAGUUUAGGACCACAAGGUAUUCCAGGUCCCCCGGGACAGCAGGGACCACCAGGUUCACAGGGUGUUACAGGACCCCAAGGCCACAUGGGACCCCCAGGAGCCAAAGGACCAGUUGGAAAAUCAGGUUUGCCUGGAUUACCAGGCCAAGACGGAGUAGCAGGUCAUCCCGGAAAAGAAGGGACUGUAGGAGCGAAGGGAUCAUUGGGACCAGCAGGAGGACAAGGACCCCAAGGUUUUCCCGGCUCAAGAGGAGUGACGGGUGAAUCGGGCGUCAGAGGACCCAAGGGACACAAAGGGGAAAAGGGUGGUGAUGGUCUUUCUGGGUUCAAAGGUGACAUGGGACCAAAAGGAGAUCAGGGUGUUUUGGGACCUCCAGGACCUCGUGGAGCAGAUGGUCAGGAUGGAUCAAAGGGAAGGGAAGGUCAAAGAGGGGAACUUGGACCUCCUGGAACACAAGGAGAAAAAGGAAAUGUUGGUGUAACUGGAAUGCAAGGUUAUCCCGGAAGAAGAGGAAUAAAGGGUGAGAUUGGACCGGAUGGAAAACCAGGCUUACAAGGGGAAAAGGGAGAAAAGGGACCAUCUGGAAAAGCAGGAGAUCAAGGACAAAGAGGUCCACGGGGACCAAGGGGAGAUCGUGGUCUUCGUGGAGUAGCUGGGAAGCCCGGUGUAAAAGGCGAAAGGGGGCAAGAUGGGCCAACUGGAGCUAUUGGGGAAAGAGGACCACCUGGGCCUCUUGGUCCUAUUGGUUUCCAAGGAUCCAAAGGGCCUCCAGGUCCAGCAGGAAAAGACGGUUUGCCAGGCCACCCAGGAGCUCGUGGUGACACUGGGUUCCAAGGUAAAACAGGUCCACCUGGUCCAUCAGGUGUGGUGGGACCUCAGGGACCCAAUGGAGAGAUUGGACCCACAGGAAUGACUGGACAUCCUGGACCACAAGGUUUGUCUGGUGAACCUGGACUCCCCGGAAGUUCUGGAAAAGAAGGAGCAAAGGGGGAUCCUGGCCCGGCUGGGUUGCAAGGUAAAGUAGGACCACCUGGGCUACAAGGCUUUCCGGGCAACAGAGGUCUUCAAGGUGAAAGGGGACCGGCUGGAGUGAAAGGUAGUGAAGGGCCAGCAGGACCACCGGGACCACAGGGUUCAUCUGGUGCAGCUGGGCCUCCCGGACCAACAGGAGCUAUCGGACAACCAGGAAGACCAGGACCGGAUGGACCAGCAGGCUCAGCGGGAGAAAAGGGCGAACCGGGCGAAAUGGGUGCUAUUGGACCAGCUGGUAGAGAUGGAUUGCAAGGACCCCCUGGUCAAACAGGACCAACUGGACUAGUUGGCGGUAGAGGCGAAGAUGGUGACAAAGGUGAAACUGGACCACCAGGUGCGCAAGGGCUCAAAGGUUCGAAAGGAGACUUUGGUCCUCCAGGACCACCAGGAGAACAAGGACCAAUUGGACAACCUGGUCCUGCCGGAAAUGAUGGAGAACCUGGACCAAGGGGACAACAAGGUCUACAUGGAGCAAAGGGUGAUGAAGGAUCUCGUGGCUUCUCUGGUCCCCCAGGACCGAGAGGAUUGCAAGGAAUUCCUGGGUCAACUGGUUUGAAGGGUGACAAUGGUGAUACUGGACCACUUGGACCUCCUGGACCAAUUGGACAGCGGGGGCCACAGGGUACAUCAGGUGUUGAGGGUCCAAUGGGUCCACCUGGAGCUAGAGGUCAGCCUGGUAGUGUUGGUGAAAAAGGAGAUGCAGGCAAUCCUGGAGCACCUGGAGGUCCCGGCAAUAUGGGGCCAGCAGGGUCAAAAGGUGCCUCGGGAACGAAAGGAGAUAGAGGAACAGAUGGAUCUCAAGGUGAGCCAGGACCGAGAGGACCACGUGGUAAAGAUGGACCUAAAGGACAUCAGGGACCAAUUGGAUUCCCUGGUGACCCAGGUCCCCAAGGUAUGAUGGGACCUCCUGGUGUUGACGGUGAAGCUGGUGAUAAAGGUGAAGAUGGAGAUCAAGGGGAACGGGGACCACCAGGGCCUGAAGGCGACUCUGGACCUCCUGGAGAAGCUGGACCAAGAGGACCUGCAGGACCAGAGGGGAAAGAGGGUAGAUCUGGUGAAAAAGGAGCAAAGGGUGACAUUGGUGAAGUUGGUCCCAUGGGAAAAACUGGACAGCCAGGUUCAAUAGGAAAACCAGGAAAGCAAGGAAAUGAUGGUCUUAUGGGUCCACCAGGACCAGAGGGAAUGCAAGGAGACUCCGGCCCGCCAGGACCAACAGGUCCAAAUGGAAAAGAGGGACCAGCUGGAAUAAGAGGGGAAAAGGGAAAUCUGGGAUUACCUGGACAAAAGGGUCAUCCUGGACUGAUGGGAUUGAUUGGUCCACCUGGAGAAGAAGGACCCAAAGGUUCCAGAGGUUUACAAGGCCCGGAAGGAGGGGUGGGAUCGAAAGGUGAUGAAGGUAGAGAUGGACCUGCUGGACCGAUUGGGCCACAAGGACCUCCUGGUUUGCCUGGAUCUUUUGGUAUCAAAGGAAACAAAGGAUCUGAAGGCCCUCAUGGUCCGAAGGGUAAUGAAGGACCACCUGGUCCACCAGGACCACCCGGACCACCUGGAAAAUCAUAUGACCCAUCCCCGUAUAAUGGCGCAUCCUCCUUCAAGGCAGAGUCAAGAAAGAGAAGAGAUGCUGUUUUCAGAAUGGAUGAUCAUCCACAAGGCAUGGAAGAAAUAUUUAUGGGACUUGAUUCACUUGCCCAAGAAAUCAGUGAUCUGCAAGAAAAGAUUGGAAUUGAGCCGAAUGGAUCACGGGAAAACCCAGCUAGAUCUUGCAAAGAUCUCUGGCUCUGUCAUCCUGAUUAUGAAUCUAAGGCCUACUGGAUUGAUCCAAAUGGAGGUUGCCAUGCUGAUGCCAUCGAAGUAUUUUGCAAUUUUGAAUUGGAAGGUGAAACUUGUUUGACACCAGGAACGGAAAAGCAAAAUCCACAUCGAUGGCCAAAGGCAACUCCUGGAACUUGGUUCAGCUCAUACAUUAAAGGAUACAAGAUCGAAUAUGACAUCCCAGAAACACAAAUGAAAUUUCUUCGCCUUCUUUCAUCAAAGGCUAGACAGACUUUCACCUAUAUCUGUGUUAAUUCUGUUGGAUGGGAAGAUUCUGAGGGAAACUUUGAUCAAGCUGUUAGAUUGAUGGGAGCGAAUGAAAUGGAAAUCACCAAGCAUUCAACUGAUCCCAAAAUUACAGUUGUCAGAGAUACAUGCAUGAAUGGCACUGGACUUGGUGAAGUGAUGAUGGAAAUUGACUCAGAAGAUCUUGAUGCAUUGCCGAUUGUUGACUACAAAGCAUUCGACUUCGGAGAAAGCAGUCGACAGCGUCAUGGUUUCAAAAUGGGAGAUGUUUGUUUCAGUGGCUGAGAAACGUUGUUUUAUGGCAGAAUUUGGUACAUGAUAUUGCUUAACUUUUUCAAGUCAGUGAUGUGAAAACAGGAUUUGUGUUUGGAAAGAAACAUGCACCUCUGAAACCUUCAGCAAUCAUAAUAUGUACACUGCAAAAUAAAAUAAUAAGUUGCACUUCACGAAAAGCGGAGGUAGAAUUCAUGAAAUGAGACAUUGUUGUUUCUGUAAUUUUUUAUAGUAUUAUAUCGCAAACAAGCGCAAUAUUUCAACUGUGACGAUUGUAUUUAUGUUGCUUUUUAUGUUAUAUGUUCCGUGUAGGACACCUAGACUAAGCCUUGUGUAGUCUGUGCUUUGCCAGUGCAGUCUAUCGCUCAUCGGCUUUUCAACUCAAUUUAUGUAAUGGAAUUUUCUCGAUGAACCCUUGUGGAAUGCGGGUAAUUAUGUGCUGGUAUUACCCGAAUUUCAACAAGGAAAUUGUGAUUCAAUUAUUUGGUAAUUAAUUGUGAAUUUGACUGUUAAAAUUCUCCUGAGCCUUGAAAAUGGGGAUCUGCGUGCUGGCUUUUCCCCAUUUUCAGUCUCGCUGAGUAUUGCGAAAUAUAUGACUGACUUUUAAUUGAAAACAGUAAAUGUUAAUUAGUUUUAUGUUAUGUGUUUAUUGUCCACAUAUGUCAUGGUCCACUACUAACUCCGAUCAGUGAUUGUCAUUUUUGUUGCUGUUCUUUCCUUUGUCCUGAUUAGAUUAUCUGUGUCCAUAUGAAGCAAUGCUUCGUAUACGACUUAUAACUACUAUACUUCAAGAAGUUGCAUGUUGAAAAAGUGUUUUGAUUUUAUAUCGAAGAUUUGAACUUUUAUAUUGGAUUUGAAUACUCAGCCUUAUUUUAAAUGGUAUUUUCAUAAAUAAAACGCCACAUGGCAUCUUGGAGCAAAACA